AUGCCUCCCACCAACUGGCGCAGCUACUUCGCAGGCUCAACGUGGACCUGGGAUGAUCUCACGCAAGAAUACUACCUCCACCUCUACGAUAAGAGCCAGCCUGAUUUGAACUGGGAAAACAAGGAGUGCAGAUGUAUGAUAUACGAUUCCGCAAUGCGUUUCUGGCUUGACAAAGGCAUCGACGGGUUCCGCGUCGACACAGUCAACAAAUACUCCAAGCACAUAGACUUCCUAGACGCGCCGAUUACAGACCCCGGCAGUGUUGUCCAACCGGCUUCGCAGUUCUGGUGCAACGGUCCUCGCAUUCACAAAUUCAUUCAGGAGAUGAAUUCGCAGGUUCUGUCAAAGUAUAGGACGUAUGAUGGGUUUCCGGUUGUCACAGUUGGCGAGUUGUCAAUGACGCCAGACCCCGAGGGUGUACUCAACUAUGUUAGUGCGGAGAAGAAGGAGCUGGACAUGAUCUUCCAAUUCGACAUUACGCAUCUGGGUCAAGGGCCGCCAGGUUCAGACAACAAGUAUGACUUCACUCCCUGGAAUCUUCCCCAGAUGAAGCGCAUCGUGGCGAAGUGGCAGACUUUUAUUGACGGCACAGACGGCUGGUCAACCGUCUUCUGCGAGAACCACGACAACGGGAGAAGUGUUUCUAGAUUCGGUAAUGAUGCGCCGCAGUGGCGGGAAAAGAGCGCGAAAAUGUUGGCGGUGUGCUUUGCAGCGCAGACUGGGACAUUGUUCCUUUAUCAGGGCCAGGAGAUUGGGAUGGUAAAUGCACCGAGGAAAUGGGGUAUUGAGGAGUACCAGGACGUUGAGAGUCAGAAUUACUGGAAGGAGGCAGUGCGCUUGGCCGAAAAUGGGACGGAUCCUACGCGCAAAGAGCGUAUAAUGCGUGGUCUGCAGCUGAUGGCGAGAGAUCAUGCCCGAUUGACGUUUCAAUGGGACGAUAGUGCCAACGGUGGCUUCUCAGAUGGGCAGCCGUGGAUGCGGGCUCAUGAGUCUUAUGGAGACAUUAACGCCAAAGCUCAAGAGGAGGAUGAGAAUAGCGUACUCGCUUUCUGGAAAUUGCUCCUGCGGCUGCGCAAAGAGCACAAGGAUGUAUUCGUAUACGGUACGUUCGAGCUGCUGGAUACGGAAAAUCUGAGUACUUUCGUGUACAAGAAGCAGUACCACGGUAAGACAGCGUUGGUGGCAGUCAAUUUCACCGCGGAGCCCCAGCCAGCCCCAAGGAUUGAUGGGUUGCGACUGCUCUUAAGCUCAUAUCCGGAGUCGACUCAAGACAGGCUGCAGCCGUACGAGGGGCGGAUUUAUACCAAUUAUUAG